AUGGCGUCUGCGAGGGCGUCGACGUCGCGAUACUCCAUCGACGACUGGGACCAGCUCGCACCGCUCUCGCCCGCGCAGUCCCAGUCCGUCCACCGCGUCUCGCAACUCGCCCAGGUCAAGCCUGUUCCACAGCACCUCGUCGCGGCGUCGAACAGCCGCCCGUCCACUCCCUCGUCCUCUGCCCUCCUCCGUACCGCUCCCCGGUCCCGCUCUCGCCUCGACCUCGCUCAAAUCCUCACCGGCUCGCCCUCUGGCUCUCCAAGACCCGGCUCUGCACGGCCUUCCGCCCUGGCCGGACUCGGAGAAGCCUCGGCCGACUCUCCCGACCCGCUCUUCGUCCUCCGCGAACCCAUCUCGACCGCCCAGCAGUUCCACGACUGGUUCUCCCUCGUCGAGUCGUCCCUCGAGCGGUCGCAGGAGUCGAUCUACGUCGACCACCUCUCGGAACUCGUCUCGCACCUUGAAACAUGCGACAACGUCCUCGCGGCGCUCGACGAGUCGCGCGGCCUGUUGAGCGAGAUGGAGGCCAACUACCGCUACGUCGACGAGAACUCUCGCGCGUUGCAGAUGGCGUGCGAGACGAUGCUCGAGGAGCAGAAGCAUCUCAUCGAGGUCACGGAGGCAAUUGGAGCGAGGCUCGAGUACUUCCGCGAGCUGGAGAAGGCGACCCGCGUACUCAACUUGCCUGGGGAGGAGAUUGUGCUCAAGGAAGACUUCCUCAACAUGCUCGACAGGCUCGACGUCUGCCUCGAGUACCUCAAAGCCAACCGCGACUUCCUCGACGCCGAGAUCUACCUCAUCCGCUUCCAGCAGUGCCUGACGCGCUCGAUGACGCUCAUCAAGAUGUACUUUGUCACGACGAUCCGGCGCAUCGCGGCAGAGGCGCAGGAGAAGAUGGGUGGCAAGGAACUGUCCGAGACGGCGCUGAACGCCCUCCUCUACGCCAAAUUCACCUCGUCUGCUCCGACCCUGCGCAUCCUCCUCGUCGAGCUCGAAAAGCGCGCUUCGGCCGACCCCUCGGAAUACGCCUCGCUUCUCUCCGAAUGCUACUCAACCUACUUUGCCUCUCGCUCUGCCCUCCUCGGUCCAGGCUUGAGAGAGGAAGUCAGGAGGAUGGAACCGGACAAGACGGAGCUCGUGAGGUUGGCCAAGAUGGGGUGUGCGUAUCUCAGGGGCGUUUGCGCGACGGAGUGGGGACUGUUUAGGGAGUUUUUCGCGAUGGGCGACAACGAGGUCUCCGCCUUCCUCGAAUCCCUCUGCGACACGCUCUACGACUCCCUCCGCCCUCGAAUCCUCCACGAACCGCGCCUCUCCUCUCUCUGCGAACUCUGCGCCGUCCUCAACGCAAUGAUGGCGCUCGACUCGUCCCCCACCAACCCUUCCUCCGCCGACGCAGACGAAGAAGAGGAAGGACAGGCAGGGAUGCGGUUCUCGAUCCUCCUGCAGUCGCUCCUCCAAGACGCCCAAACACGCCUCGUCUUCCGCGCACAAGCAGUGAUCCAGUCCGAAGUCCUGCACUACGUCCCCUCCCCCUCCGACCUCGAUUGGUCCGACAAACUCUCCACCAGCUCUUCUUCUGGGGCGAUGUGGGAGGAGCAAGCGGAGGAGGAGGGAGGAGCGAAGGGAAGGUUUAGGGUUCCGAGGGAGGAGAGGAUGGUAGGGUGGUAUCCGACGCUGAGGAAGACGGUUUGGGUGUUGGAGAGGUUGAACGCCUACGUUAACGACGCCAUCUUCCAAGACUUUGCCGCCGAAGCCGUCACCCUCUGCCUCCAAUCCCUCAUCUCCGCCUCGCUCCUCAUCUCCUCCCGCCCCGCGACCGCCGAUUCAAAGAAUGAAGACACCGAAGAUCGCAGGACGGACGGCUACUUGUUCCUUAUCCGACACCUGUUGUUGUUGAAGGAGAUGGUGAGGAGCGUGGAUUUGAGGCAUGUGGAAAGGGCGGCGGAUUGGUCGAGCGUCACCGAGGCCCUCAACACCCUCCUACGCAAUACCUCGACCCUCUUCAACCCCCGCGCACUGGUCGACCUCGCCUCGAAAGGCAUGCCUAACUUUGCUGAAACGAUGACGGACGCCAAAUCCGACCUGGACUUGGCGCUCAAGAAGGCAUGCGAGGAGUUGAUCGCCCACUUGGCGCUCGCGCUCACGAGCGAGAUCCGCGCGUUCUUGGAUCGGUGUACCGCGUUCCUCUCAUCCCCCUCGCCCUCCUCAACCUCAACUUCCUCUCGCGACUUGCCCUCCCAGCCUUUCUCCACCCCCUCCCAAGUCCUCGAACUCCACUCCACCUUCUCCUCCACCAUUCACCAACGCGCGGAGGGGGUGAUGGAAAGGAUGCGAAAAUGGUUGGAGGAGGAUAAGACUGUGAGAGUGCUUGUUGGGCCUUUGUGGGACGAAGUUGGUGAGACGUAUACGACGUUCUACAACCUCGUGAGAUCGGAGUAUGGGUUCGAAACGAGUUCGUGGCUCACGUCGCCCGACGAAGUCCUCGUGAGGCUCAAGGCUGCGGAGGAGGGUCAAGGACGGUUGGAGGAGCAGGAGAAGGGCGAGGAGGAGAAGUAG